UGAAGCAGUUUAUACUGUUGCAAUGGGUGAUUGCAGUGUUGGCGACUUUCUGCUGGUCUUACUCCUGUUGGCCAUCCCUCACAAUGGCCGGGCAGUACUUGAUUCCCCCAACAAGCCGCCAUUGGUUCAAUACUCCAGGAGAAAUAAUAUUCGUUUAUCCGGUGUUCCUGAGGGCGAAGGAGAAGAUGUGACUGGAGCCAUCGUUAGCCUGCUCAACGACAAGCUGAAGGUCGGGAUUGUGCCAGCCAACAUUGACAGAUGCCACCGUGUCAGUCGCCCGAUCGCCCCUGCUCCGGCCGGCGGCGUGAGCCACGCCACAGACAGAUACUCAUCAAGUUUGUAAGCUAUCAGAAGAGGAAUUUAGUUAUUCCAAACAGGCGCCAAUUGAGGGGUUCCAGCUUAUCCAUGUAUAAGGAUCUCACUAUGAAGCGAUGUGUCUUGUUUAGAGAAAUGUGUGGAAGAUUUGGUUUUAGAAAUGUGUGGGGCCGUGAUGGUGUUGUGUUUUGGAGGCUGAACGGGAGAGUGGUCUCUCAGUUCUCAAAAGGCCAUGAUAGUGUUGUGCAUGGAAAUCAAUUAUUGCAAUGAGUGUGUAUAAUUCACGGGUAUGGAAGUGAUUUUUUUUUCUUUUUAUUGAAUCUUCUGUAUGUGUAUCCUAAGUAUAUUCUCCCCACUCUCCAGCUUGAUAGCUGAAUACCCUGUAAUUUCUUAAUGUUGUGGAGUACAAAUAGCCCCACAUUACGAGCCAAAUUGUGUGAAGCUCUUCUUGGGGGAAUUACUAUCGCCUCCAAGGUUAGGUCGACACACGUAUAACGAAUCUUGUACUGAGUCACCAGUAUUGAGGCUAGGAAUUUGAAAAUGUGCGCGUGGACGCUAAGUGAACACCAGACUGAUUGAGUCAUUACAAGAUUCGAUACAAUCGUCUGAAUCGUGGGAGGCAUAAACACUCGCUCACCCUUGAUUCUUCUUAUGACUGAAUGUAUAAUAAUAAAAUUUUCAGAGGUAGUGUAGCGGUCGCUAAACCCUGAAUAUAGAUAUCUUGAAACUAUUACCUGUGAUGAAACAGCAUAUAAAAUCAUACAGGUCGAGCAAAAAUCCCGAUGUAGAUAAUCUACAGGACUGUGUCUCUAAUAAGUUCCGAAGGAUUAAGAUAGGGUACUGAGGACCAGAGAUCAUUUGGAAUAUACUUCGAGAACAGAGUCUUGUCGGGCUUUAUGCUCUAUUGUAGGAAAUUAUAUAAUCUCCAGCUGCAUCUGCCAUACAGUCAAAAAAUUCGCUCCCAAGCCGAAGUUGGUAACAGAUAAAAGCUGAUAUAUGAGCAGGUAAGGACAGAGAAUAGGUAAUCUCGAUCUGACCCCACACACUACAUCCACUU